AUGUCCUCCUCGCCAACCCUCCUCAACGCCUCCUUCGCUAUACUGACGCGACUACUGAACUCCAAGUCCGCACUCCUGAACCCAGACCGCAAUCCUGUUCUACGAUUCGUAUUGCGGAAAACGUUCUAUGACCAGUUUUGCGCGGGCGAGAAUAGAGCUGAGGUUCAGCGCUCGAUUCAAUACGCUAAGGCGCUCGGUUAUCAAGGUGUUGUGAUCGAGUACGCGCUCGAGGUGCUCGGAGGCGAAGGCCAGGAGAAAGUGGAAGCCGAUACCGCGAGGAGCAAUGCGGACGUCGAGGAAUGGAGGACGGGUAUGCUAGAGACUGUGAGGAUGGCUGAAGAAGGUGACUUCGUGGCGCUGAAAUGGUCUGGUCUUGGUUCAUAUGCUCUCGAGUUGUUGAGAAGAAACCAGCCUCCAACGCCAGCGAUGGAGAACGCCAUCUAUGAAGUCUGCGAUCUCGCGGCCGCAAAAGGUGUUGCAGUCCUCCCAGGCGCAGAGGAGGAAGCAUCGAAUGUCGGAAUCGACUCCUGGAGUUUGAAACUGCAGUCAAAGUACAAUCGUCCUCCAACAAUGCCCGAAGGGAAACCGGUCAUGUACAACACCUACCAAGCCUACCUCAAGUCCACACCUGCAAAGCUCGCAAAGCACCUGGUCGACGCGGAGAAGGAGGGCUAUGUCAUUGGUGUAAAGAUGGUCCGCGGCGCGUAUCUGGCAUCUGAGCCAAGGGAGAGGAUAUGGCCAACCAUUGAGAAAACACACGAGGCCUACGACGGCAUCGCGGAAGCGCUAUUGCGGAGACAAUGGAACGACGUCCUGAAGCCCGUUGGUGAGGGAGAUGGGCAAGCAUGGCCGGAGCUCGCGGUCGUGCUGGCAACGCACAAUCAGGUCUCCAUUGAGAAAGCGCAGGCGCUUCGAGAUGGGCAGGCGGCGACUGGCCAGAAGCGAGUUCCUCUGGCCUUUGUGCAGUUGUGGGGUAUGGCGGAUGAGGUGUCCUGUGAAAUCUUACAAGCCGCUGGAAAACGGAAAGGGUUGCCGGCGGGAGAGGGUAAGGCGUUGAUGACUAGCUCUACCGUGAAUUUGGAUGUGCCGAGGGCGUUCAAGUGUGUCACUUGGGGGACAACAGGGCAGUGUCUGAACUUCCUGCUGAGGCGCGCUGCGGAGAACAAGGAUGCAGCGGCUCGGACAGAGGACUCGAGGAGGGCGAUGCAAGGGGAGCUGUGGAGGAGACUGAGGGGUGUGUUCGGAUUGUCAUGA